AUGGCAUCAAGAUUCGGCCCAUCCUCCCUCCACCAGCGCGACUCCCGCAGCGCCCUCUUCGAAGGCUACAACGACGGCUCCCGUCGUCCACCGAGCGCCGGUCCCAGCGGCGGCUACGGCUAUGGCUAUGCCGGCGGCAACGGCAACGGCGCGACAUCUUCGCCUGCCUUUGGCGCGCCGGGCGGCUUCCGGUCGGCGACCCCAAACCGCAAGUACGUGUGCAACGCAUUCCCCCGCUUCCCAGAUCCCGCCGAGAGACGAGGAAACAGAGAGGCGCCGUGGGCGAACAGCAAGCUGACGUGGCAGCAAAGGGGCCAGUACAGCGACGCCGUGCUCAACGAGCUCGAGAGCCAGAACGAUGCCCAGGUCGAGGGUAUCCUGGGCAAGGUCAAGAUCCUGAAGGACGUAUGUCCCCCUCCUGCUUCUUCACAGCUACCCUCCCUGGUCUACGAGCGUACGGCUGAUUCCUUCUCGCAGAUGACACACGCCCAUUGGCGACGAGAUUCGCGACUCCUCGGCCCCUCGCGGAGAAGAUGA